AUGGUUGUCAAGAUCCGCCUCGCCCGAUUUGGGCGUCGAAACCAACCCUUCUACAAUAUUGUCAUUGCCCACGCCCGGACGGCUCGUAACUCCCGCCCGCUGGAGGUCAUUGGCACCUACGACCCAAUUCCUAAACCCGACCCUUACGACACAUCCGGAAAGCUUCAUAAGGAUAUCAAGCUCGAUAGUCAACGCGCGAGAUACUGGAUCGGUGUUGGUGCACAGCCCACAGACACAGCCUGGAGGUUACUUUCUAUGGUGGGUAUUCUACCAAAGAAGCAAUUUGGCCCCAAACAAGACAACACAAAGGGUGUCAUAGACCAGGGGAAGGUCAGAAUUCGAUGA